AUGGCUGGCGUCUCAGCCAAUCAGGAGGAGGACGAGGACAGCGGGCGGCCCUGGCUGCAGCGACCCACCGUUCGUUAUCGAUUGGGAAAUUUCGCUCUCUGCGCCAUUAUUUUUGCUCGGUGCUUGCGGUGCAGCAUCGCACGCCUCUCGACAACGGCAGCCUUCACCAUGUCGCUUGAGGAGAGACUGACCAAAAUCCGGACAAGUCCGAAGCUGCAGAGCGUGCAGCAGUCCCAGGUGGUGCUUUCGGCCAUUGAAGACACGCUCCGCCAGCAAACGGCAGAUUUCACCGCGACCGCAUACUUUGCCGCCCUGUUGUCGCUGCUCGGCCGCCAGAUCACCGACCAGGGCCUCACCAACAAGGACACGGCGACCGCCGUAGUGUACCUGCUCGAUCUUGUCACCCCCCAUGUCUCCGCCCCGCUGCUGCGCUCCAAGUUCACCGAGAUCAUCACGAGCCUCGCGCCCGCUCUCACGCACCCGGACGCCGACGCGCCGUUUCUGCGAUCGUCGAUAGGAUGCCUAGAGUCGCUGCUCGUCGUGCAGGAUGCGCACGCCUGGGAGCUGCCGCAGACGCAAAUCAGCCCGCGUAGGGCCGUCGCUGGCCUGCUGCAGAUUUCCGUCGACCCCCGGCCAAAGGUCAGGAAGCGAGCGCAGGAGGCUCUUGCAAAGGUGCUCGCCAGCCCGCCACCCACUCCCUCGCUGGAUCACCCAGCGGCCGAUAUGUGCGCUGAGACAGCGCUGAAGGUGCUCAACGACAUUGCUGUGCUGGCAGCAAAGGCAAAGAAAUCAAAGGGCGGCAAGAACGCCGAGAACAAGGACCCAGACCUCAUUCACGCACUGCAGCUCAUCAAGACCAUUGCCACGGCGUCUGGCGGUUGGCCCAGCCGCAAGAUGGACGUGCUUUGCGAGCUGCUGCUCAACAUCUCUAGAUCGACUAACGAGUUCUUGACCAUGGCCGCUUUUGAGAUUUUUGAAGUCAUCUUUGCCGGUAUGGCCUCAGACGAGGUUGCGUCUGCAAAGCUGCCUCGCCUGUUGGAAGUCAUCUCCGAGCUCCAACCCUCGAAGAAUGACUCGCAACUGCUGCCACCCUGGAUCGCUGUCAUUUCGCGAGGAUACGAAGUCGCUGCACACAUCGAACCCGAGGACACAUUUGCGAAGCUGCCAGAGCUCUUCAUAAUGGUUUCCGAGUUCCUGGUCUCGUCCUCGCACAACAUUCGUGUUUCUGCUUCCGAAUGUCUGAUCUCGUUCUUAGUCAACAUCAUCCCCGACACUGUCAUCCUGGAACCAUCGAUAUACGACGAGAAGACUCUAGAGAAGAUUGCCAAAACUGCUCAGAAUCUGCUAAGUGUCAAGUUCCAGGCUGCGUGGAUGGAGGUGUUCAGCAUGUUAUCAGCUAUGUUCGAGACCUUGAGAUGGCGUUCUGAUCCUAUCCUGAGGCCAGUCUUGAGGGUGGUUGGCGAUUUAAGAAGCAACGAGAGUUUCUCUGGGAAGAAAGAGGCAGAUGCGGUCAUCUCGAGGGCCAUAGCUGCUAUGGGACCAGAUGCCGUGCUCGAUGUCCUUCCUUUGAACCUCCCGCGACCGCCGCCUGGGCAGACUGGCCGAGUCUGGAUGCUGCCUCUUCUCCGCGAUGCCGUCCAUAACACCAAGCUUGCGCACUUCCGGGCUGUCAUGGUACCCCUCAGCGAGCAACUCUUUCAGAGGGUCAUCGAUCAUGGGCAGAGGGAAAAGACUAUGGAGAUCAAAGUUUUCGAGACAGUCGUUCAGCAGAUUUGGUCCAUUCUUCCUGGCUACUGCGACCUGCCUUUAGAUCUGGAUGAAGCGUUUGACCAAUCCUUCUGCGAAAUGCUGGCAAAUCUCCUCUAUAGCCAGGCUGAGCUACGGACCGAUGUCUGCAAGGCGAUCCUGAAUCUAGUCGACAGCAACAAGGCAAUCGUGGAAUUGGAGGGCGCUGAAGAUCUCGUCAAGCAGCUUCGAGUCUCCAAGGGUGACGCGCAGAAGAAUCUUGACCACCUUGCAAGCUUUGCUAGCAACAUGCUAGCAGUUCUGUUCAAUGUGUACAGCCAGACGCUGCCACAAUAUCGUGGUACCAUUCUUCGAUCCAUCAAUGCUUUCCUCAGCAUCAUUCCUGAAAAGGAGCUUAUCGAAACAUUCGAGCGUGUAGCUUCAAACCUUGAGCAAGCUAUUCCAGAGGCAGGCCCACAGACACAGGCCGACAAGCAGAAGCAGGGCAAGGGUUCGAAUAAAAUGCCGCCAAUGAGCCACACACUCAUGGACCUCAUCAUCACCAUCGCGUUGUACCUCCCGCGGGACAGCUAUGGCUCAUUGUUCCGCAUGGCAGAGAUCAUGAUCAACAAGGACGACGACCCACAGCUGCAGAAAAAAGCCUACAAGCUGAUUCCACGAUUAUCGGAGUCUGAGACUGGAAAGGCAGCGCUUCAAGCACGGAAUGGAGAGUUGCAGCAGUUGCUGCUGCAGAGCGCAGACAAAGUAACAGGGCCUGCGCGCCGAGAUCGACUGCUUGCUACUUCGCAAGUCAUUGAGUUCUUGCCGCAAAGCGACCUCCACUUCAUCCCUUCUGUUCUCUCUGAAGUUGUCAUUUCUGCUAAGGAGACGAACGAGAAAGCGCGUGAGGCUGCGUACAAUCUGCUCGUAGCUAUGGGCGAGAAGAUGGCUGAGGGCGGUCAGGUUGUACAGACCAAGGUGCCCAACAUGCCUGCAGACGCUCCCACUGUCGAGGCGUCUUUGGAAGAGUAUUUCACCAUGGUUUCAGCCGGUCUGGCCGCUUCAACGCCUCACAUGAUAUCUGCGUCCAUUACAGCUGUAACCCGCAUAUUGUACCAGUUCCAUGGUAGAAUUUCGAACGAAACAAUCACAAACCUGCUCGAGCUGAUGGACAUUUUCCUUCAAAAUCCCAACAGGGAGAUUGUUCAGAGUGUACUUGGCUUCGUCAAAGUCGAGGUCAUCACACUACCCGAAUCACUUGUUCGUCCACGUCUUAAUAACCUACUGAAGAACCUCAUGGUGUGGAGUCACGAGCACAAGGCCCACUUUAAGGCCAAAGUCAAGCACAUUGUCGAACGUCUGGUCCGCAAGUUUGGUGCUGAAGACAUCGAACGUGCUUGUCCCCCCGAGGAUCGCAAGCUCAUCGUCAACAUCCGAAAAACACGCGAGCAGCGCAAAAAGAAGAAGCAGCAGGCUGAAGAGGAUGGUGGGGCCCCUGCGGAGAAGCCCAAGGGCAAGUUCGAAAGUGAAUAUGAUCAAGCCGUCUACGGUAGUGAUAGCGAAGAGAGCGAAGGGGGCGAUUCAGAGGACGAAUUUAUCAAGAAGCAGAGCAAGCAGCGAGCUGGCAAGACAAAGACAGGACAAACCUACAUCGUGGAAGAUGAGGACGAGCCUCUCGAUCUGUUGUCGAAGAAGGCUCUUGGAAAUAUCUCGUCGACAAAACCUCUUCGCCAACGCCAGCAACCACAGAAGAGAACCGCCGCUCGCACCAACGAAGACGGCAAACUCGUUCUCGGCGACUCUGAUGACGAAGGUGGCAUCAAGUUCAGGAAGACAGGCAAGAACAACGACGACGUUGAUAUGGACUUGGAUCUGGACGAAGAUAACACGACACUAGAAGCUGGCAUCAACGCUUACGUUGACGCAAUCCGCGGACGUGACGCCGCACAGCGUGGUCAACGCAACAAGAUCAAGUUCAGUAACAAGAGGACUAAAGACGAUCACGACAUGGAUAUGGAGGACGAUGGUGCCGACGCGCAAGAAGCCAGAAGGGCAAAAUCUGGUUCGGGCAUGGGCCGUGGAGGCAUGAAGACUCAGCGCAAGGGGCUUGGUGCCGAGAAACAAAGGGUUUCGAGCGGCGGGAGGGUCGAGAAGGGGAGGAGUGCAAGAGGGAGAGGUGGAUUUGGCAGAGGCGGUCGGGGAGGUGGCAGGAGGUAG